AAAUGGAUUGGGAGGAAUGUUUCGUUCUCUCUUUCGAACAGCAACACCUCUUCUCAAGACCGCUGCAAAGAAAGUGGGAAAACAGUUACUGUCCACUGGAUUAGACACGGGAGUGCAAAUUUCUCAAGAUGUUAUGAAUGGGCAAUCACUGAAGAAAGCAGCGAAAACGAGAGCAAAAGCUGCCGGAAAAAAUUUUUCACUGAGGCCUUUCGGGACAUGACGCAACAACAAGGGAGUGGAAAAGUAUAUAAACGCAAACGAAAGGCGAAUUCUGUCAGUAAAAGACAAGUCAAGAAAGCGAGAACAUCGUCAGCAACGUUCAAGACUAUUUUUGACUGAGUAUGGCUUCAGCACGUCCCUUCUCUGCUCCAGGAGUUAACUCCAGUUUGCAGUUACUCGAAGUGCCGGUCACCGAUGUUUCUAUUGUCAAAAGUAAAUGGGUGGACUAUGAACCAAUUCACAGUGGCACCAAUCCCAUAGAAUUUGUGAUCAAAUCUCUGUCCGAUUACAUCGACAUUAACAAGACUGAACUUCGUCUGGUGGUGAAAAUUACGAAACGAAACGGGGGAGAGACAGGAGCUGGGAAGAAUAUACGUUGAUCAACAACGCUCUUCAUUCUAUCAUCAAACAGUUCACUAUCAAGAUCAAUGAAACCCUUGUCACAGAACAAUCAGACACACAAGCCUACAAUGCUUAUAUCAAGACCUUGCUUAACUUUACUGAUCAGGCCAAGAAAUCUUACUUGACAAAAGCGUUGUACUACAAAGACACUGCUGGGCAUAUGGAUGAGGUGGAUAAUACAGCAGAUCGAAAUUUGGGU